AUGGCGGCGCCCUUCGCCUACCGCAGCUCCUCCAUCGCAACAGUUAAAAUCGAAGAUCAUGCCGAGGACGGUGGCGCAGAAGCUGAUGCUGGGAUUCUCAGGAAUGCAGAUGUGGAUCCGCUGCAUGGCCGGGUGCAAUCCAGAGUGAAGGAGGAGGAGGAAGGUCAACCAAGUUCUUCAUCUAGUUAUUUAAGAUCACAAUUUAUUGGAAUGGGAUUUCUAUCAAAGCUGGUAGACAAGGUGCUCCAGAAACACGAUGACAUUGAUUCUGACACCAUAUUGGAGUCUCUUUUCCUAUUCUGUAAAGUACAAGAGUCGGGAUCUGAAUCAUCAGAUUUUUUGGGAAGUCUCUUUGAUUCUGAUAACGAAGAAAACAGUUCUCCUUUGGAGUCUAGGAAAGGAAUCAACCAAGACAUCAAGCCGGAGCUUGAUUCUUUCUUAGAAAAGAGGUCGUAUUUACUGAGAACAAUGAACUUCUCACAGAAAGAAGUUGAUUUAGCAUUCAACAAACAAGGUGAGGAAGCACCAUUAGAACAGCUCGUGGACUGCAUUGUUAUUGCUCAAUUAGGUGGAUCCUCUGGAGGAAUAGAAAAUGGUGAUGCUACAAAUGAGAAUUCCCCUGUUGAUCUCAGAUUAUCACAUGAAGUAUCAUCAGCUAUUGACAGUUUUGGCCAGGGAGCAAAAGUUGAGGAGCUGGCUGACUCCAUUUUGGCAAGGCGAAUAGCCAAUAGCAUUGAGCAGAAAGAGGUAAAAGUUGAACCUGACUUUCUAGAUGAGACAGAAACUGAGUAUACAAUAUACCAGCUCUCAUACUCUGCUAUGAACUGUUAUGAUGAUGACAAUGGCAGAGAUAACACAAGGGUUAAAAGGGCUAAGCACAUAUUUAUAGAUGAUAGAGGGGCCUCCAGUAGUCACUCUAGCAAUCCAUGGUUUAUGGGUCGCUGUGCAGGGAUCAAUGAUAUACCUGUCAAAGAAGAACUUCAGGUAAUGAUACCAGGCUGUCGUGCAAAUGUACAUGGUGACCUCACUAGACCUCCAUAUUUCUUCAAUGGAAAUGUUGUUGAAAUUCCGAAAGACACAUGGCGUCAACUCUCUCAGUUCUUAUACAACGUGGAACCAGAGUUUGUGAACAGUCACUUCUUCUCAGCUCUGAUGCGAAAGGAAGGUUACAUUCAUAACCUUCCAACAGAGAGAAGACAUGCUGUGAAGUCACCGAUGACCAUUGAAGAAGCACUUCCAUUCACAAAGCAAUGGUGGCCCUCGUGGGAUACAAGAAAACAUAUCCAUGUUGUUACUACAGAGGUUGUAGGGAUUGUGCAGACAUGUGAGAGACUGGGGAGGAUGAUUAAAGAGUCAAGAGGAGUGCUUUCACAAGAUAAGCAGAUGCACAUAAUGCACCAAUGCAAGACAUCAAACAUUAUUUGGGUUGGUAAGGAUAAGUUAAGCCCUUUAGAGCCACGUCAAGUGGAAAGGAUACUGGGCUACCCACAUAACCACACAAAUUUGUUUGAACUAAAUCCACCUGAUAGACUUGCUUCCCUGAAAUUCACAUUUCAGACUGAUACUCUGGCCUACCUUUUGUCAGUCCUGAAACACAAGUAUCCAGAUGGGAUGAGAGUGCUAUCCAUCUACAGUGGAAUUGGAGGUGCAGAAGUAACACUCCAUCGACUAGGUAUUUCUCUGAAGUGUGUAGUAUCUGUUGAAGAAUCUGACGUGAAUAGGAAAAUUCUGAGAAGAUGGUUGACAAAAACUGAACAAACUGGAGAACUAAGGCAGCUACAUGGCAUCUGGAAGCUGAAAACACAUGUAAUUGAAGACUUGAUCAGAGAGUUUGGUGGUUUUGACCUGAUAAUUGGUGGAAACUAUAGUUCUUGUAAAGGUGGUAUGACGAUAAAUACAACGAUGGGCAUGGACAGCAAACUCUUCUAUGAAUAUGCCCGUGUUGUUAAGAGAGUGAGGACAACAGUUGGAGUCCACUGA